CAGCUCCUCCGUUCAAGCACCUUUCGCCGUCUGUUGGAGUUUUGUUUCCAAAAAGGUCUGAAGGUCCAGGUUUGGAAAGAGAACUACUGCUUUCAGGACACGAUUACAAGUUGCCUGAAUGUUGAGAGCUCUAACUUUUUCGUGUAUGUUCUGCCAGCAGUAGGAGAGUGGAGGAGAAGCCCGAGAGCUGGAAAUGGCCACAACUGGGAAUGACCGCUCUUUCCAUGUUUGUUCCCCCUACGCACAGCAGAAGUACAGCAACAUCUCCUGUUUCUGGGAAAAACAACCAUCAGGCUGCUUGAGGAUCAGUUGCGCCUUCCAUCACAGCAAACCUCGCAGCAUAAAUGGACUUUUUUUGCCGCCGAGUAACAAUGCCCCAUUGCAACAAGGUGUCCAAGAAGGGAUUCCGCACCCAGCCCAUGGUCAAGAGUCACUCAGAAAUCAAAAGAAUAUUUUACGACCAAUUCACCCUCCACUGACUAUACACCUCAACGAUGAAGACGACAAUGAGGACGAUGAUGAAGAGGAGGAGAACGGUGCUCCUGACUGGGUGCCUCAGACUGCUGCAGACCUUGAAGAGGAAAGAGCAAUAAAGGAAAUAUGCUAUCAAUCUGGAGAGUAUUACGGGAUUCAGUACCCUCAGGAACACCAAUCAACAAAAACUGUGUCUUCACCUCGGGAAAACGAGCUACUACCCUGGGAAGCUACCGAGCGAGACUUGCAGGCAGGCGACGGUGAUACAAUUCCUACAACAUUUAAGAAUGCAAAAGGAGAAGGAGAGAGCUCAGGAACGACAGUACCAGCAGAGACCAUUCCCAGAACAGAUCGUGGAUCCUUUGAAAACGGAGGAACCAAUCGCAUGGAGCGGGUAAAGAACUAUCCCGGUAAAGAAGCAAAGGAGAAGCAAUGGGUUUCCGAGGAAGAAAGAAUUCACACUCCAGACCCCAAAGCAAAACCACGUCGCCAACAAAGGGGUCAAAAGCCAAGAAGACAGGGAAGUGAACAGGAAAGGAGAGCGAUACAUAGACAGGAGAAAGAGAUGAAGCCAGUUCUUCGACUUACAAGAGCAAUCGAAAUUGAAAUGUGGAAAUUAUCAGCUGGAAAAUCCAAAGAGGACACAAUUGCAAAUUCCAAAAAUAAGAUGCAGGAAGUACACGACAAUGUUUCAAAACUGAUUGAAAACACAAAAUAUACGUUCUGUGUGAUCACAGAUCCACUAAGCUCUUCCAUCCAGAACCCAAACACCCAGGGGAGAAAGUCACCCAGCCGACACAUAGCAGUAGCUGCUGCUCCUGCUGCUGCUGCUGCUGCUGCUGAUGCUACUAAAACCGGGAAACACGACCCGCAGGCCCACAGCCAGACAGAUGCCCCAUUGCAACAAGGUGUCCAAGAAGGGAUUCCGCACCCAGCCCAUGGUCAAGAGUCACUCAGAAAUCAAAAGAAUAUUUUACGACCAAUUCACCCUCCACUGACUAUACACCUCAACGAUGAAGACGACGAUGAGGACGAUGAUGAAGAGGAGGAGAACGGUGCUCCUGACUGGGUGCCUCAGACUGCUGCAGACCUUGAAGAGGAAAGAGCAAUAAAGGAAAUAUGCUAUCAAUCUGGAGAGUAUUACGGGAUUCAGUACCCUCAGGAACACCAAUCAACAAAAACUGUGUCUUCACCUCGGGAAAACGAGCUACUACCCUGGGAAGCUACCGAGCGAGACUUGCAGGCAGGCGACGGUGAUACAAUUCCUACAACAUUUAAGAAUGCAAAAGGAGAAGGAGAGAGCUCAGGAACGACAGUACCAGCAGAGACCAUUCCCAGAACAGAUCGUGGAUCCUUUGAAAACGGAGGAACCAAUCGCAUGGAGCGGGUAAAGAACUAUCCCGGUAAAGAAGCAAAGGAGAAGCAAUGGAUUUCCGAGGAAGAAAGAAUUCACACUCCAGACCCCAAAGCAAAACCACGUCGCCAACAAAGGGGUCAAAGUAAGGACGAUGAAGCUGCUUCUGCUGUUCCUCCUGUGAGAGAAACUGGAAGAGACACUUAUUUCAGUUCUUCAGAACCUCGAAGAUCAGCAUAUGUAGUCUACCGUACUGCCACCGUCACCCAAGAACCAAAGUGCAAUGGACCGACAGCAGUACCUGAGCCGUAUGCUGGGAAACGCUCCAAACAAAAGAAUCAGCUUGACGCAAAUAGAAGAUUUUGGACCCAAACCGAAAGCUAUGACAAAUAUACUUCAGGCUCUUACAAUGCACCAACUUGGAGGAAAAGAAAUCCACACCCUAAAACGUUCUCAAAGUCUAAAACAACCAGUCAGAGCCAAGAAGACAGGGAAGUGAACAGGAAAGGAGAGCGAUACAUAGACAGGAGAAAGAGAUGA